AAUAGAUCUAAGGUGGUAAUAACUACCUGAUUGUUAAAUGUGUGCUAUAAGAUGGACACUCACAAGGAAAUUUGGGUGGAUGUUUUAACAGAGGAAGAAGCAUGGCUCUUGUUUCGCAAGAAGGCAAGAAGUGUGGUAAACAUGUCAACAACAGCACCCCUCGCGCAUGAGGUUGUCAAAGAAUGUGCAAGCCUGCUACUUGCCAUUAUUGUCGUCGUUAGUGCGAUGAGGGGUAAGGAUAAUGUGCUUGUGUGGAGGAAUGCACUAAGAGCCUUGAGAGAGGUAACAAUGGAGAUCAAUGGCAUGGAAGCUCAAGUAUUUCGGCCAUUGUGGUAUAAUUAUGAGCAAUUGGAAGAUGAAAGCAUUAAGCAAUGUUUCUCAUAUUGCUCUCUAUAUCCAGAGGAUUGGCAAAUUGAAAAGAAUGAGUUGGUCGAUUAUUGGAUAAGUGAGGGGCUCCUAGGCAGAGUUGAUAGUCUAGACGGUUUUAGAAACAAGGGCCACGCUCUAAUUGAAAAAUUGAUUGACUCAUGCAUGAUAGAGAAAGUUCCAGGAGAUGAUGAUACAGUGAAGCUACAUGAUGUGAUCCGAGACAUUGCCACAUGGAUCUGCUCAUCAAGAGAGUGCGGGAGGUUCAUUGUGGCAGCUGGAUUGGGACUGAAGGAAGCACGAAGGGUGGAGCAAUGGAAAGAUGCCCAACGUAUUAUCAUCGAUGAUGAAUGAAAUAGAGAGACUUCCAGAUAGGCCAGUGUGCCAGGCCCCAACAACA